AUGCGCAUCUCGAUCGCCUCCCUGCCGUGCCUGGCCGCGCUGGCGCUGGCGCUGGCGCUGCCCACGGUCGACUACGGCCCGUGCGACAUCAACGGCAACGAGAGCUGCAAGGACAUCAUGGACAACACGGCGUGCUUCCUGAACCCGACCAGCACCGACGACAUCUUCCAGUGCAUCCCGGGGGGCAAGGUUGGGGUGUGCCUGUGCUACGGCUGCCUCGGCUACACGCCAGUCACGAACCUCAUUGCCAACUCGAGCGCCUGCGCGUGA